AUGAGCCAUUUGCAGGCCUUAUUGUUAGAUACCCUGCUGGGAACGAAGCAUGUGGACAGUGCAGCCCUCAUCAAAAUCCAGGAGCGGAGCCUGUGUGUAGCGUCACCAGGUUUUAGUGUAAUGCCCAGUGAUGUCCGAACACUUGUGAAUGGAUUUGCCAAGAACCCUUUGCAAGCCCGAAGGGAAGGAUUGUAUUUCAAGGAAAAGGAUUACAAAUGUGUCCGGGCAGAUGAAUAUUCUCUUUAUGCUAAGAAUGAAAACACUGGUGUGGUUGUUGUGAAGACCCAUAUGUAUCUUCUGGUGGCAACUUACACUGAGGGCAUGUAUCCUAGUGUCUGUGUGGAAGCCACAGAAAAGCUGGGGGAAUAUCUAAGAAAAAAAGGAAGUUAAGUCAUCAGAGGCCUAUGAAAGACAACUUUAUUAUUGUAAAAGAAAACCGGAGAGCCUAAAGAAAAAAAUACUACCUUAUUUUGUUAUUGAAAAUCACUAGGUAGAAGAUACUUAAAAAGAAGAAUACUGGAGCAAUGUUUAUUA